CUCUGCUAUGAUGAAACUAAUACAACCCAUAAAUAUCACCUGAUUAGAGAGAUGAAGACCUGGCAGGAAGCUCAGAGUUACUGCAGAGAGAAACACACAGACCUGAUCAGUGGAACGAAGCAACUAGAGGAUGAAGAAGUGGAGAAAUUGAUGAACUCUUCUGAUAAAAUAUACAUUGGUUUAUUCAGAGACAAUUGGAGGUGGUCAGAUGGAAGCAGUUUCUCUUUCAGACACUGGAAUAAUGAAUUAAACAAUCAGAAAACCAACAGUGGUCAAUGUGCCGCCACUAAGUUUGAUGAUGAAGGCAGAUGGACGAAUGUGGACUGUGAUAAUAAAAGACCCUUCAUCUGUUAUGAUGAUAAAGUGAUCCUGAUCAAAGAGAAUAAAACCUGGGAGGAAGCCUUGUACUACUGCAGAGAUCAUCACCAUGACCUGGUCACCAUCACCAACAUGGAGGAUCAGAGAUGGAUCCAGGAGAAAGUCAAGAACGCAUCGACUGGUUAUGUCUGGACGGGUCUGACCUACGCCUGCACUCUGGAUUUGUGGUUCUGGGUCAGUGAUGAGGUGGUCAGCUAUAAGAACUGGGCCGAAGGUGAACCGAUGGACGACUGUGACAUGUCUGGAGCCAUGGAGACGAGAGGAAAACAUCAGUGGAGGAAGAAAAAUGAUACAGAGACGUUUAAUUUCAUCUGUUCCCAGAAUUAA